UCUCUCCCGUGGCGAUACCAAAAAGGCAAAAAUGACCACAAAUUGUGUGUAUGGCAACAAUUUUGCACAUACAUUUUCCUUCUUUACAACCUCGUGAAUUCGGUUCUCUUUUGUCUGCACCAAAACAAUCUGAGACCCCUCCUCCUCCCCAUCCAAUCCACACCACCACGGUCCUUUAUUGUUGUUACUACCGUUAAUCACCACCACAAUAUCAACAAUAACAAUAAUGGACCCCACCGAGUUGAAGCGUGUUUUCCAAAUGUUUGAUCGCAAUGGUGAUGGACGAAUCACGAAGAAAGAGCUAAGCGACUCGUUGGAGAAUUUAGGUAUCUUCAUUCCCGACAAGGAGUUGACACAAAUGAUCGAAAAAAUUGACGUAAAUGGAGAUGGGUGCGUGGACAUGGACGAGUUUGGAGAACUGUACCAAUCCAUCAUGGAUGAACGUGACGAAGAAGAGGACAUGAGGGAAGCGUUCAACGUCUUCGAUCAAAACCGUGAUGGCUUCAUCACCGUUGAUGAACUAAAAACUGUUUUGGCCUCUCUUGGCCUAAAACAAGGGAGAACCGUGGAAGAAUGCAAGAAGAUGAUCAUGAAGGUGGAUGUUGAUGGUGAUGGUAUGGUUAAUUACAAGGAGUUUAAACAAAUGAUGAAGGGGGGAGGAUUUAGUGCUCUUGGUUAG